AUGACUGACGCAGAGAAUUUGAAUGACUAAUUCGUUAUUGAGACUCUCCAAAAUUUGUUGAUUGAAUACAAUGAACCUUAUGUAGAAAAAAGAGCUAGAAUUUGUGGUUAAAGUGAUGAUUACUAAUCCGAGUUUUUUGUUUCCCUUGAGUAGAUAACAAAAAAUGAGUAAACCAUAAAAAAUCUAAUUGAGUUGUGCAUGUUUAUUUUAGAUAAAGCAUAAUAAAGUAAUUUUGAAAGGGAAGAGGAUAUGGCUUAACAUGAAGAAUAAAUCAAUCAAUUGUAAGAGAAAAUUAACUUUGAAUCCAAAAACUCAAAGGAGUAUCAAAAAAUGUAUAAAGAAGAAGCAUAAAAAGUUAAAGAGCAACUCUCAGAAAUUUAGAAAUUAGAAUAGAGUGUGCAGGAUUAUGCCAACGAAUUAGCAAUUUUGAAUUAAAACUAAAAACAUCGUUUAAGUGAAUAGAAAUUUAAAAAUGUAGAAUAGAAUGAUAAUAAAAUUAUUGAAGACCUAAAGUAAUAGAUAUCGAUUUAAAAGGCAGAGAAUAUUAAGCAAAAAGAAAAAAUUGAUUAUUAUAAAAGUCUAUACGACAAGUAAAUGACAGAAUUAGAGGAUGCCUUGAAUGAAUUAGCAGUUCUAAGAAUGGAAAAGAUUAAGAACGACUCCAAAGUUAAAGCUUCAGAAUAAGAAAUAUCUAAGUUAAAUCAGAUUAUAAUGGACUAUGAAUAGAAAUCUUAGAUUGCUGACCUGAAGAUUGGUUAACUUAACAAAUAAAUAUAUGAUUUAUAAAAUGCUUCUGGAUAUAAAUUUGAUGGUGAUAUUCAUGGCUCAAUGAUAUAAAGAAACUCUAUUUCAACAUCAACAUUCUAAUAAUAAAAUUAAUAGACUGCUUCAUUUAAUAACAACAAUUCAAUGGUUAGUAAUGCAAUCAAUAGCAAUCUUAAAUGUGAUUUGCCUGAAUUAUCGUAUAGAUAACCCCAUCCAUCUCAGUUCAAUGAAAUCGAAGAGAUAAAAGAAGCACCUGAAAAUUUAGAAUAAUCAGCUAUGCAUUCAAAAAAAAAUACUGUUAUUCCUCCUGAAUUUGUUUAAAAUCAAAAUCAAUAAUAUGAUAUACAAAAAUUAGAAGAAAAGCUUUAAAAAUUAGCCACUCCUAGAUAAUUGGUGACUCCAAGAGGUUAAGCUAAUGUCACUCCAAGGAAUGUAAUUUCAAAAGCAGUUUAAGAAUCUUAAGAAUUAAGAGCAGCUAAAUUGCAAGAUAAAUUUAAAUAAAGUUAAAUUAAUUUAACAUCCCCUAGAAUCUAAUUGCCAUAGCUCUAAGUUACUAAACUCGACCUUCAAAAAUAAGAAGAUUCUUAAUGGAAAUUAUAAUAAUAGGAACCACAACCAAUUACAAUUAGAAAUGAAAUUGACAUAGGCUCUAUUGUAGAUGAUGAUUACGAAACCUAUUUUUAUGAAGAAAAAGUGAAAGCUCCUUAAGCAAAAAAACAAUUCAAAUUACCUCUUUUAUCUAUAGGAGCAAACGGUGGAAAUUAGUAGACUUAAGAAGGAUCUAAUUAGCAAGCUUCGCAACUGCAAUAAACUUAAAUAGCUCAAUAAACUCAAUAAUAAUAAUAAGCUUAAUAAUCUUAAUAAUAAUAAAAUUAACAAGGAGUACAAUAAUAACAAAAUUAAUCAAAGUUGAUUAGUGCUCCCCAUUAAAUGUAUAAAGAAAUUUAUUAGGCAAAUGAAGCUUACUUCUUAAAUAUGAAAUAGGAUUAAAUUAAGAUUACAACUCAAAUUGAUAGAGGACUUAGACAAAGCAUGAUCUAAACAGGAAUAGGAGGGGGAAAACCUACAAAUAAGAGAGAUCCAUAUAGAGAGUUCUUUGAUUUGUUAUGCUAAUGUGUAAAAUUGAAUUCAGAUUAUUUUGAUGACAUAGUCUAUAUCGAUACUUAAAAUUACUAUUAGGAAUGUAAGGCAUCAGGGAAACCAUUUAAUGAAUGGGAAGACUGGAUCAGAAGUAGAUUAGAAUCGCAGGUUGACUUUUCAGAUUGA